CCUUUUUCUGAUUGUGAUCACAAUGAAAUUCUUAUUCUUGAUAUACUUAAUGGUCUUCGUUUUGAAUUAAUUAAUGAUUUACUACAGGCUUAUAUUGAUUUAAUGAAAGCAUGUUGGGACGCAAAUCCAUUAAACAGACCAAAGUCUUGGGAUAUUUACAUAUCUAUUCGUG